AUGGCUUCUCAAAGGCAGAGACCAGAUAUUGGAUUACGUGUCGAUAUCAUACAUCAACCCGAGGAUAUCAUCCAGGCUUUUGACUGCGUGUGCGAGGCCUUUGGUCGUCAAGUGCAAGAUGGGAUCUGGAUAGCCAUGAAUCCGGGAUGGGACACACCUCAGGGAAGGUCAUAUGGAGCCGAGAGAAUGGUAGCCCGCUGGCGCCACAGGACCAACGACAAAGACGGUCUCCCAAACACCAUAUUUCUCAAGGCUACCCUACCGUGUCCGCGGUUUGAAGACAGGCGUAUUAUCGUGGGCUUUGGUAUUUGGGUGCAAGCCUCGAGCGUAGAGGGCCAUGGUGAUCCUCCAGUGGAAGAUCUAGCCAAUUCGAUGGACCUCAAUGCACUGUACCCCGACAACGAGCGUGAACGACGUUACCUCUGUCAAGUUGUUUCCUCUCUGCAUAGAAGACGCACCGAGGUAAUCAAACAGAAAGCCACUGCAGUGCCACCAGCCGUUCUGAUCCUAGACAUGUGCGCUGUCGAUCCAGCGCACCAACUCAAAGGCAUCGCACGAGAACUUGUACAGUGGGGCAUCGAUGAAGCACAUCGACGUGGGAACCUGGAAGCCAUAACCGAGGCGUCCAGUAUGGGUCGACAUGUAUAUGGACAGAUGGGAUUCCAAGCCGACGGAUCUGAAAUCGAAUAUGUUGUGGACGACGAAUUUGGUUCUCGCCCGAAACCACCCAACCUGUUUAUGCGCACCCAAGGAGGCGUGGCUUGA